GCACACAAUGAAUGAGAGUUGGGUGCUGCCACCACCACUUCUUCGGCUUUUUCCGUGACCACUGAUAGAUGUCAGAGAGAGCCGGUAGACUACUGCAAAAGUAGACAGCUACCGAAUUCGACGGGAGAGCUCAUCAUGUCGACCGAUGCCCAGUUGGAUGCGGCGCUAGAUCUGAUGAGACGUCUCCCACCUGAGAGGAUCGACACCAGCUUAGGCGAGUUGGUGGACUUGGUACCCGACCUAUGCGAAGAUCUCCUUUCGUCGAUAGAUCAACCUUUGAAAGUCGCUCGAGAUAAUCUGGUCGGGAAAGAAUAUCUCAUAUGCGACUACAACAGAGAUGGAGAUUCAUACAGAUCUCCGUGGAGCAAUCGGUACGAUCCUCCGCUUGAAGAUGGAGCCGUUCCGACAGACCGACUUCGCCGGCUCGAGGAGGAAGCUAAUCAAGUUUUCGAGCAAUACAGGCAACUCUAUUAUGAAGGCGGAGUCUCAUCCGUUUACCUAUGGGAAUUGUCGGGGAACGGUUUCGCUGGAGUCGUCCUCAUCAAGAAGGGAGGAGAUAAUUCCGGGAAAAUUCAAGGUUCUUGGGACUCAAUUCAUGUGAUCGAAGUCCAGGAGAAAUCGUCCGGAAAGAACGCUCAUUACAAAUUAACGUCGACCGUGAUGCUGUGGCUGAAGACGAUGUUUCCCGCCUCCGGGACCGUCUCUCUCGGUGGAUCGCUAAUGCGGCAGUCCGAACAAGACAUGCAGGUAACGGACAGCAAUCCGCACAUCGUGAACAUCGGCAAAAUGAUUGAAGAGGCUGAGAACAAGAUCAAAGUCAGUCUCAGUGAGAUCUACUUCAGCAAAACUUUGAACGUGGUGAACGGAUUGCGAUGCAAGGACGGCGUCGAAGACGAUCAGAAGAAAACCGAACACCUCAAGGCAUUGGAGAAGGCCUUGACUAAUCGCCACAAAUUGACUCCGCCGGCAGAUAGUUGAAUUCAGUCAGAAGUUUCAAGCGGAGGAAGAGUCUAUAUAGAGCUUGGUUGGAAGCCUGACGUUUCCAGGAUUGCCAACUCCCUCUCGCCUGAGCUCAGCUCAUUAUUAUGAACAAACGGGAACUAUGCGGAGCUGACAUUCCUCGAGAUCCUCGUCUAAUUAUUCGGAUUCAUAUUUACUCCUCACCCUCUCUCUCCUGAGAGUCGAGAAACGCUUCCUUUCGCGAAAAAAAAUGCGCCGCGGAUCCGGAUGCGCCCUUGAGACGAGAGUGAAAACUCGAAGAGAACACAUGUUGUCGGCCAUGGUUGAUCCGUGGCGGUAUGUAUUUUUCGUGAGAAUCCUUCGAAAUGUCGAGGCACCCAAAAUGAACCAAACCUAACGCCUUCGGGAGACUAGAUGGGACGUUCCAGUGAGGAUGAACGGAAAGACUAUAUGUACAACAAUGCAGGGCUGCGCAGAAAGAACCGCAUCAGAACCGGAAGAAGGUCUGGCUUCUUGAAAUGCCUCUGUGAGUUUGGAGUCUUUUAGGUACAUGACAGGCGCACACAGAACACGGUCUAGUAUUCACUUGAUCAUUGUUUUGAGAAGAAGAGCCCUUGAGAGCGAACUUAUAGAGGACGCGAAGGAGUGAAACGAUCCAUAUGGAGUCAGGGACCGAGUGGUUUUUAGGACUGAUUUUAAGAGGAGUAAUCGAGCUUACAUGAGACUCGAUGAGGUGGGGUAGCAUCAGGUUGUUGUGGAGAGAAUAAAUGAGAGUUUUGACCUUUGAGA